AUGUCUCCCACAAACAGCGCCGCAUGGAGCACAGAGCCCAAGGGCGAUCUCAAAGUCCUGGCCGCUCCCUACGACAUGCCCGCCCUCGAUGAAGUCGUUAUCAAGAAUCAUGCCAUCGCAAUCCAACCCCUCGACGCCAACAUCCGCGCAAAAGCAUACAUGGAAGUGCCCUACCCCAUAAUCCUCGGAACGAGCGUCGCCGGCACCGUAGAGGAAGUCGGAUCGGCUGUAACGGACUUUAAAAUCGGUGACCGCGUCGUCUCGGAUACACCAACGUACCACCUCAAAGACGCCAGGUAUGGCGGGUGGCAGCAAUACGUGGUGAGCAAGGAGAAUACCACUGCGCGGGUUCCGGAUAACACGGCGUUUGAGGAUGCGGUUGCGAUUCCGUUUGCGCUGUUGACGGCUGUUGCGGCGUUGAAUCUGAAAUUGGGGAUUGGGAGGCCGGGGGAUAAUAAACAGGGCAAGGUGCUGGUUUGGGGGGCUAGUGGGAGUGUUGGGGGGUAUGCGGUGCAGUAUGCAUCCAGUGUUGGUUACACUGUGAUAGCAACAGCCUCGACUGCGAAAUUCGACUACGUGCGCAGUCUGGGCGCGUCGGAGGUAGUCGACUACAAAGAAGCAGACGCCGUCUCGAAAUUAAAAGAAUUAGGGCCGUAUGAUUUCGCCAUGAGUGCGUCCGGAGACGCAAAGAGUGCAAAUGCCAUCAGCGAGCUGCUGCAGCCAAAGGGCGGCACAUUUGCUUCGACGCGGGGGAAGACCGAUGAUAUGAAACUGGCUGAUAAUGUCACCCUGGCGUAUGAUGCCUAUAGCAUGACCACGCAGAAACCGGAAAAUGCCGAGUUUUCGAGGUGGUAUUAUGGGUAUCUCUCCAAGGCCCUUGAUGGGCGUGUUGUGCCUACGCCGUUGGAGAAACGGCCUGGAGGGUUGGCUGCUAUUCAGCAGGCUUGUACAGAUGUAUUGGAGGGGAAGAGCUCGAAGAAGCUGGUCUUGAAUCCGCAGGAGGGGUCGAAGUAG